UUCAGCUCCUUUUUAAAAGAGACUUUUAUUUUAACCAGGGUUCAGAUACAGAUUCACCGUAGUCUCUGAAUUCACACAUCGUUCCCCUCUGUCCGCGCUGCUGAGCCAUGUCUUCUGACACUCUGAAAAAGCGCAAGGCAAAAGUAAUCCGGAGUGAUGGCGGGACUCCUGAAACUAAACGAGGUCGAGGUGAAGGGGAUCAGGGAAGAUUUCCAGCUGGAGUCUCCAAUGUGGACCAGAAGAAGCUGUUGUCAGUGAAGAACAAGGAGGUGCGUGUGUAUAACGAGGAGGUGGAAUUGGAAGGCAGAGACCCGGAACAGGAUUACGUCCUUUAUAAAAGUACCUGUGACUCCUUGGCAAAACUAAUGGCUGAAAUACAAGAACUUAAAGCCAAUGGUGCAAAAGAAGGAAGUGAGGAGGUGGAGGAGAAGCUCAGACAAGGUUGUGUUCAUUUCAUUACCCUGAAGAAGCUGAAUCGUUUGGCACACAUGAGACUGAAGAAAGGACGUGAUCAGACGCAUGAGGCGAAGCAGAAAGUGGAUGUGCUGCAUCUGCAGCUUCAGAAUCUUUUGUAUGAGGUCAUGCAUCUUCAGAAAGAAAUUGGCAAAUGCCUUGAGUUUAAGUCCCAGCAUGAGGAGAUAGAAUUAGUGAGUGUGGAUGAUUUUCUUCGGGAUGCUCCAGCCGAAAUAUCUCGUCCACAUCUCACCAAGGAUGACCCCCACCAGCUUACACUUGCCCGCCUUGACUGGGAACUGGAGCAGAGGAAAAGGUUGGCUGAGCAGUACAAGAGCUCCUUGUGCUCUAAGGAAAAAAUUCUAAAAGGAAUUGAGCUGAAGAAAGAGUAUCUUGGCAGUCUUCAGCCAGGCCUACAUGCUAUUAUGCAGGCCUCAUUGCCUGUACAGGAGUACUUAUCUAUGCCAUUUGAGCGUGUACAGAAGCAGGCUGAGGUUGCUCGUCACCUUCCUCCCCCUCUGUAUGUGCUAUUUGUGCAAGCCAAUGCUUAUGGACAAGCUUGUGAUAAGAAUCUAAGUGUGUCGAUCAGUGGAGAUGUGGAUGAAGCAAAAGCCCUCUCUAGACCACCUGAGGAUUCACAAGAUGAUGAGAGCGAUUCAGAUGCAGAGGAGGAACAACAGAACACUAAACGACGACGAGCUACAGUUGGUGUUCAGUUGGAUGACAAACGGAAAGAAAUGCUGAAACGACAUCCUCUCUCACUGUGCAUCGACCUCAAAUGCAAAGAUGGAAGUGUGUUGCAUUUAUUUUUUUAUUACCUUAUGAACCUCAACAUCCUGACUGUGAAAACCAAAGUGUCAGCCUCUGCAGAUCUCUCAGGGGCUGUGAGUGCUGGGGAGCUGCUCAACUCAGAGUCUCUGUUAAACUGCCUGUAUGCUUCAGAUCAUGGUCAAGAAACCCCCAACCCUGCCAACCGCUACCAGUUUGACAAAGUGGGCAUUAUAACUUUUGCGGAUUAUGUGUCUCAACUUGGACAUCCAUACAAUUGGGUGCAAUGUCUGGGAGGGCUGCAGUUCUCAAGUGACCGACCACAGGCUGAAGGAGCAUGCAGCUCUCUCAGUGCCAGUCACAUGGAAGCCACUAUGAAGCUGCUGAGAGGACGACUACAGUCUCGCCUAGCUUUACACAAACAGUUCGGCUCGCUAGAGCACAGCAUAGUUCCUGUCUCCAGUGAGUGUCAGCAUCUGUUCCCAGCCAAGGUGGUCUCUCGUCUGGCCCGCUGGACCAUGAUGAGCCAUCAGGAUUUCUUGGAACUGCACUUUGUGCAACAUGUGGCGAAGGCUGGCCUGGUUAAGGAGACAGACUUGUUCUUCAUGGCAAUAGUGGAGAGAGGGACAGCUCGUCUGCAGGCUGCAGUGGUGUUAAACCCUCGCUACCCAGAAAUCACGCCCCUCUUCUCUCUUUCACUGCUCUGGAAGGGUGAGCGCAGUGGUCGCUCGGAUGACAACCUGCGGGCGAUGGAGAGCGAGGUGAACGUGUUCAGGUCUGAGCUCCAGGGACCCCGUCCUGGUCUGCAGCUUCUCACCAACCAGAUCCAGCGUCUGUGUGUGUGUCUAGAUGUGUAUCUGGAGACUGAAAGCCAAGUGUGUGAUGGCUCAGAAGGUCCAAGAGAAUUCCCAAGAGAGAAAAUGUGCUUACGCACUGCCAGGGGUCCAAAUCGUCUGAAGCCUUUUAAAUACAAUCACCCCCAGGGCUUUUUCAGUCAUCGCUGACUGCAUUGUACACAGUGCUCCCUGUGAUCCCUGGCCUGCUCCCAACCACCUUUUUUAUUUUUUAUCUUUAUUUGCUCAGCCUGUAUAACGUCAAGUGUUUGAUUACAUUGUUUGAAAAAGGAUUAAACCUGGUCCUAGACUGUACACAACAUUCUGAAUUUUCAAUUGAAAGGAAAAUGUUCCAUGGUCCAGGUCUAGGCCUAAUCAAUCGAAAAUCAACCCAUAGUUUUUCAUUGUAUAGAAUAGAAAAUAAAACACUUUGUUUUUGAUAA